AAAAAUAGGUGCAUUUCUCUAAACAAUUUUUUAAAAAAUAAAAGCAAUAACAAUAAAAAAUUAUUUUUUGAAUUUCACUAUAAAAUUUCAUUUUUUGCACUUUCAGAUUCGUUGUAUUUCAACUGGGAGCAGUGGAGUACAUGGACUAAAUGUGAAAAUGGUGAAAGAUUUAGAUCUCGCUCGUGUAUGGAUCGGAAGCAUGUAGCAUGCACUGGGGCUCGAUUUCAAAAACAAAUAUGCUUUGAGACUGAAUCAUUUUACCGGCCAGUAUUUUCCAGCGAUCCUUGGGCAAUUGAACGAGAAAUUAGUCAAAUUCAUGGCUAUAAAAAUGUGGAUCAGCGAUCUUGA